GAGGGUAGUAAGAACAACGGCAACAGCAAGAACAAGAAAAGGGUAUCAGAAGGAAGCAACGCUAGGGUGGGAAGAAGAGUCGGAAAUCGAAUCCACAAACCAGAAUGGGUUUCCUCGAAGACUUCCAAGCCAGUUUUGAAUCCUUGCCAGCCCUGCUGCAACGUAAUUAUGGACUGAUGCGAGAGCUAGAUAAAAGUUUACAGGGAGUCCAGCAGCAGAAUGAACAACGCUGUGAACAAGAAAUAGAGGGUAUUAGGCUGAGAAUUGAGUCUGGUAACAUUACUCCUAAUACAACAUCACUUAUCAGAUUUUCUGAUGAAGCUCUUGAUGAACAAAAGCAUUGCAUCAGGAUUGCUGAUGAAAAAGUGGCCUUGGCUACUCAGGCCUAUGAUAUGGUAGAUGCACACAUCCAACAACUUGAUCAAUACAUGAGAAAGCUUGAACAGCUCCGGCAGGAAAGGGAACUUGCAACUGGAGCGGGUGCUGGUGCAUCAAAUGCUGAUGCUAGUACAAGAUCUGGAAGGAUUGCUGAAAGUAACCGAGGGAUGCGGAAGAAAUCACAAUUAGCAGUGGAGCCACCAAGCAUAAGUCUAGAAUUGCCAGUGGACCCAAAUGAACCCACGUACUGUUUCUGCAACCAAGUUAGCUACGGGGAGAUGGUUGCUUGUGACAACCCUGAUUGCAAGAUUGAGUGGUUUCAUUUUGGGUGCGUUGGUUUGAAAGAACAACCAAAAGGAAACUGGUACUGCUCCAAUUGCACGGGAAUUCAGAAACGUCGAAAAGGUAAGUGAAUGGUUACUUCUGCCGACAGUUAGGAGCUGCCAGGGACGUAAAUGAGUAGAGGACUUUUUCUGUGCUCGUGGUUGCUUUGGGCUCGGCAUCCAAGUGGACAGAACGGAGAUGUUUGGUGGCUUUCUUCGUGACCUGCAGUCAUAGUAUAUGUCGAGUUAAUUCUUUGUACUAGCAAGAUGACCGUAUAAACAGUCUUAGCAUGAAGGUUCUUAGUAAUACAUGUAGUUUUUACUUUAAUGGCCUAGAGUUUGGUAUCGCCAA